UGUCGGGAUCAGUAUGCAGUCAAGGUGCGCUUCAAGUGUAAUGGCGCAACAUGGCCAGACUCCAAGGACCAGACGGUGGAAGAUGUCAGCUCAGGAACACAGCAGGUGGAAGCAAAGCUUAUGGUGACCAGGGAGCAGGUCGAGGAAUACUUCGGCCACGACGGCUACUCCUGCUACUGCAACGCCUGGAACGCUAAGGGCGUCAAGGCUACGAGCUUCUCCGCCUCUGUGUCCAUCGCAUAUCUGCGUCGGCACUUCUUCGAGCCGCCGUACUCGCGGUCCGUGCCACUGGAGAGCCAAGUGGAGAUGCGCUGCCUGCCGCCGGAGGGACAACCUCCGCCGUCCACCCUCUGGCUCAAGAAUGACAAGCCCAUCGACUUCAACCUCGAGUCCAACUACAGGGUGUCGUCGGAGGGAUCGCUGCUACUGCUCUCUGCUGGGCCAGACGACGUCGGGAAUUAUUCGUGCGUCGCAGAAAACGUCGCCGCAAAGCGCGUUUCUGAUCCAGCGUUUCUCAAAGUCUACAAGGACGGCACAUGGACACAGUGGUCAGCAUGGUCGCCCUGCAGCGCUGAGUGCGGCACGGGGCACCAGAAACGCACCCGCACCUGCACGGCUCCCCCCGCGGCCGGCGGCCCCGCAUGUCGCGACCCAGCCUUCCAGAAAAAAGAGUGCGCGACCGGAGUGCCGUGUCCGGCUGUGGACGGCGCAUGGUCGGCGUGGGGCGAGUGGUCCACGUGUGGUCCCGACUGCACCCAGCGCAGCUCCCGCGCGUGUGACGCCCCCGCCCCCCUCUUUGGGGGACGCGUGUGCGUGGGGGACGACACGGUCACGCGCAACUGCACUGGCGGCAUGUGCAUGAAACCCAACAUGUACGGAGAAGGCUUCACUAAGAAAGCUCGGGACGAGGCGGUGCGACAAGACAUCUCCCUGAUCGUGGUGCUCGCGGUGUUGGUGCCGCUGGUGUUGCUGCUUUUCUUCUUCGUCCUUAGGAAAUACACAUCCAAGAGCAGGCAAAACGGAGUGCUCUACGAAGCCGCUGUGUCCGAUUACCCUCUUCCUUUCUACGCCGGAGGUACAGCCGAAAAGAAAUCUUACGUAUUCGGUCCGGACCUAACCCACGGCAUCAACGCCACCCUCAACACAUUGGCCAGCGGAAGAAUAGUCGAGCGAACAGUAUAUUCUGCCGCCGUGGCAUCACUACCGAAUACUGACGCCAAAUCAUCAAGAGACAGUGGCGCCCAUUACUCGACUCCGGUACCUGGCGAUUCUGGAUCAGUGUCGGAGAACGCAGUGCCUCCCUCGGAACACCUUUACGACUUGCCGUUGAUCAGGUCAUCUUUGGAUUCACCUUCCCCGACCGAGGGGCUUCAUUUGCUCCCGUCGGCCUCCAACACGGUGACGCGGGUGCACGGGUUUGGUGCCGGUCCCUCCCGAAACAAUCAUUCGCCUGAAAGUUCCUUACAGAAAUCUGGCAGAAGCGCGUCUCCUCUUUCCUACGCUAGCGACUCGUCAGGUUACUCUCACACAAGCACCAACUCAGAAGCAGAGGAUAGUUUAAUAUUUAGUGGAGGAAUAGCAGGGGGCGGCGGCAGCGAGGGAGACGACACGGUGGUAUGGGAGAUGGUUGGAGAUGCUGGAGGUAGAUUAGUGGUACCAGAGUAUGGAGUGUCACUGACUGUGCCAGAAGGCGCCAUCCCACAAGACACAAGCUAUAAGCUCUUCAUUGGCGUCUUGUUACGCCUCAACGUGUCUCUACCUCUAACGCAGCGACAAACGCUGCUGAGUCCAGUCAUAUGCUGCGGACCGUCAUCAGUGAAGCUCCUGAAGCCAGUUAUCCUAUCAUUCGAGCACAGCUCGUCAGUGCUACACACGGCGUGGAGGAUACACCUCUACACCUGCCAGGACUCGCCAGCGUCUCCUGAGAAGUCUUGGCAUAAGCUCAUCACCCUCGGGGAAGAGAGGGUGGACACGCCCGUCUACACGCAGCUCGACGGACAGCAGGCGUACCUGAUGACAGAGCGCCUGCAGCAGUUCGUGCUGCUGGGGGAGAGCGCUGGGACCUCCCCGGCAGUGAAGGCCCUGAGGGUCGUAGCGGCUGCCCCACCGCCCGACAUGAACGGUCACAUGACCGUCACACUUCACGUCACGCCCGAUACUGCGGCGCACCUUAAGAGUAUCACAGCGCUGGAGCGGAGUCGCGGAGCAAGCCUAUUAGACAAGCCUAAGAGAUUUUACCUGCACGACAACGGUGCAGACCUUGUCUUAAGUUUGGACGAAAUUACGCAGGGCUGGAAACUUGCUCAAGAUCAGACCAAUCAAGUGAUCUCCUUCGAGAGGUUGUGGUGUGGGGGUGACGAAGGACUGCCCUGGGUGUCCACAACGUUCCUGCUGGAGCGUCUGGUUGACGGGGCGUCGACGUCGGGACGUUCGUGUACGUUGUCUUGUCGAGUGUACGCGCAGCAGAAGACGUCGUCCAGCGGCUGUCAGGUCGCUAGGAUCAACACGGACUUCCCAUACGCGCCCGUUACUGACUCGCCUGCUCAUGUCUUGAUGAGACCGUCCACAGUGUCAUCAUCAGCGGGGUCGUCACUAGUGGCGCUCAGUAGCGAGCCUCGGCCCGUACGUCUGCCUGCCCGCGUACGUCGCGAGCUCUGCCGCUGCCUCGACCCUCCUAACGCGCGCGGCAACGACUGGCGCAUGCUCGCCGCGCGCCUCAAUGUCGACAGGUACCUGAAUUACUUUGCGUGCAAGAACAGCCCUACUGAGCACAUCCUGGACCUGUGGGAGGCACGGCACCGGCAGGCGUCCGCAGUCACGGAUCUGUUGAACGUCCUGCGCGUCAUGGGCCGUCCUGACGCGGCCCACGUCCUCGAGACGCACACCGGGCCUUGGAUAUGAAAAAGGCCAAAAAUUGCCAAAUAGGGCCAACCCUGGAUAUGAACUUAUGUUCAAAUUUUUUACGUUCUUCAAAUUACGACAAGUUACUUCAAGUUGGAACAAGUCCUUCCGGUAUGAAACUUCCCCAUAUUUAUUUCGUGCAUUCCUUUAGUCAUAGAAGACUCGGUUCAGAAAUAUCUAUUCAAAUUUUUUUCCAUGAAAAUUACGAUAUUCAUGUUGUGCGCACUGAUAUGCAGAGUAGCAAGGAGGUUUGUAAGAUUAAACACAAUUUCCGGACGUUUAGAUGGAGCUCUGCAUUAAUGGUGUUUAUUAGAUAUAAAUGCUAACUGAAGGAACAUUUUAGCGAUGAAGUUGUUGUUAUGGAAACUGUUCGACGUUAUCCGUCCAGUGUUCGAUGUAAGUGUUCGGUGUCUGGAAUAUGUGAUGCGUUAUAUGGUUGUGGGAGCCGCGUUAUGUAUGUAUCCCUGAGCGUGCCAUUUCUUUGCACAUCCAUUAAAGUGGUUACACUGAAAAUCAUAAGUACAA